UUUUCUGUUCUACAAAAGCCAAGGAAAAACCCAAAGGACAACAUUGAAUCUAGCUAGCCAGAUACUCUUGGAGAAGAAAGACUUUCUAGUUUUAAAGUUAGUCUAGAGUGGAAUACAGUGGAUUAUUGACAAAGAUGCCUCUCCGUGGUCAGCGCCGAACCCGAGAGAUUCCAGUGGAAACAAGAGAACUUCAAAAGGACAACAAGGUCAACGACAACAACAAGGACGAUGAUGACGACGACGAAGGUGGCACGACGCUGGAAAUAUUUGGCUUUGAUGACUUGUCUCCCCAAGACCGCCAGCACGUCCAGGAAAUUCAAGUCCUAGUGGCUCUCUACGACACGACGGGUGGCUCGAACCACUGGGACGAUGACGAUGGUUGGCUGGAAGAUGGCGCCAUUCCCUGUGAGUGGAAAGGUGUCGUCUGCAACAAUGACCAGUACAUUACGGCACUCCACUUGCAAAACAACAAUCUGGUCGGAACGCUGCCGGCAUCCAUGCUGUGGGAUUUACAGCAUUUGACUCAUUUGGAUCUCUCACGGAAUCCAGACUUGACGGUCGACUUGGCCACUCGUGUAAGUCUUCUCAUGACUUCGUCGUUGGCGGCCAUGGCCAUUCCUACUGUGAUCGUUUCCAAUGACACUGAUGCUGCAACAGCACAAGAAGAGUUUUUUGUGUGGGAUGACGAUGACUUUGGCAACAACAACAAUAGCAGCAACCACUCGGCUCCGUUGCGGCAUCUCAAUGUCUCGGACACGGCCACAAAGUCACUCGAAGGAAUCGCACACAUUCGAGACACUCUACAGGAAUUGGACCUGAGCCACACACUGGUGUCUGCCACAUCCGUCAGUAGUAGCAGCAGCAUCAUCACAAGAAGCAAUCCCAAUUCCACCACACUGAUUGUGACGUUUUCUCUGUCUGACCAACUACGACAAUUGUCUCACUUGCGAAUUCUUGGCAUGAACCAUUUGAGUCUUGGAGACCAACUCGACAAUUACAUUCCUUUUCUGUCACCCAAUCUACAACACUGGCAUGCUAGAAAUGCCAGUUUCAUGGGCACCAUUCCUACUUCCAUUGGAUUGCUCUCCAAUCUAGAAACUUUGAAUUGGUCCCACAAUCAACUUCAGGGGUCACUGCCUACCAUUAUGAAUGCCAUGACCACGUUGACACAACUAGAGUUGCAAGGACAAGAACGCCUCGCAGGACCACUCUUGUCCUUUCACUUGAUGCCGCACAUGCGACAUUUGGAUCUCAGUGACAAUCGUUUCACGCGGGACAUUCCAACCAACUUGUUGGCCAGCAUUGGCAACAACACUACGCUACCCAUAUAUGUCAAUCUCAAGGGCAAUCUACUCGAUGGUGCCGUACCGGAAACGCUGGUGCGACUCGACAAUCUUUACCUCGAUGUCACGGACAAUUACUUGUCCCAACUACCACCCGCCUUGUGCCAACAAACCAAUUGGAUGAAUGGAGCCGUGGGACUCUUUGGGUGCGACGCCAUUCUCUGUCCACCCGGACUCUACAAUGAAUACGGACGGCGGACGGCCCGAAAUACACCCUGCGAACCCUGCGACUUUAUGAUCGAUGCCCUCUUUUGGGGGUCGACCAGUUGUCGAGACGAACCGCCCACAAUUAUUUUGGCGGGAGCCGAAGCCAACAUUACCCAGCGUGACAUUUUGAAUGAAUUCUUUGUCGCCACGGGCGGUGCAGUAUGGAACAACCGUACGGGAUGGCAAGAUGACGACGGAACCAACACCAAUGUUUGCAACUGGUUUGGAGUCGAUUGUGCAGGAGGUGACACGGUGCAAGAACUGAUCUUGCACGACAACAACUUGCAAGGCACCAGUACGGCCAAUCUAUUCCAAUUGCCGUCGUUGCAGAAAUUAGAUCUCUCGAGCAAUCCCAAUCUCUCGCUGGAUUUGUCCGGCCUAGCGACCGUGUCGGACCCUGUACCACUACGUGACUUGAUUGUGUCCAAUACGUCCACGUCGUCGUUGGAAGGAAUCUCCCGUGCAUCCAAUCUCGAACAGCUGGUGAUUAGCAAUACUCAAAUUACCGGUCCUAGCCUGUUCGAAAUCUAUUCUCUCUCCAAUCUACGGACCCUCAACAUGGGAAACAACAACUUUAACCAAUUCUUCAUGUCCAUUGGAUCAUUGACCAACCUCGUGUCCUUGCGAGCUCCCAAUGCCGGCUUGGUGGGGACCAUCCCGUCGGAGAUGGGUGCUUUGACGAAUCUCGUUUCCUUGGAUUUGGCCGAAAAUUUCUUGGUCGGACCUUUGCCAGAAACACUCAAUCAUUUGCAGUCUCUGAGAAUUUUCGAUCUGCGCGGACAAAAGCUUCCCUUUGGCGGUCCCCUCCUUCCAUUGGACGGAAUGGUCUCUUUGAUGUAUUUGGACCUGUCCUCCAAUGCAUUGACCGGUCCCAUUCCUACUACAUUUCUCAAUGGCAUCACGGACAAAUAUCGCAGCAUUGAUAUCAACCUCCGAGAUAAUCAACUCACAGGAAGUCUUCCAUUGGAACUCGCCUUGUUCCAAUCCAUGCAUCUAGAUGUCACGGAGAAUCGAAUUGAACACAUUCCUGAGAUUCUCUGUAUUAAGCAAGACUGGAUGGAUGGACUGGUAUCCGACUUUGGUUGUGAUGCCAUCAUGUGCCCGCCUGGAAUGUUCAACGAGCAAGGCCGAGUGGUGGCAGCAGACGGCCCAUGCGAAACAUGUCCCAAUGUUACCCUGAACUACUUUGGGGCAGUCGCUUGUCCUAGCAAUACUGUUGCUGUUGCGAAUAGCGACUUGACUUCUGCGGAGACGCUUUCCCCCGACAACUUCGUGGCCCUGACAGAACGUGGAAUUCUGGAACUACUCUUCCAAGUCACGGGAGGUAGCACGACUUGGAUUCGAACGGACAAAUGGAUGGACAAUGCGACAGAUAUUUGUGGGUGGUAUGGAGUAAAUUGUGACGCCGACAAUCAAGUGCGAUCGUUGGUGCUUUCCGAAAAUGGUUUGCAGGGCACAACACCUCCACAGCUGUUCCAACUAUCCCGCUUGGAGAGACUUUUCUUGAAUGGCAACUCGGACUUGAACGUCGACCUAUCCUGGAUUGGAUCCUUUCAAGCUCAGGCUACCUUUCUCGAUUCAAAAUUUGGACAAGAGUCAGUGCUGCGAGCACUGGUCAUUGCGGGAACAGCUACCACCUCGGUCUCUGGCAUCUCCAAGGCCACUUCAUUGCAGGCGCUGAACCUCAACUCGACCAAGGUUACUGGCGAAGCAAUGGAAGAGUUGAUGGGCUUGUCAAGUCUGCAGAGUCUGAACAUUGGAAACACCCGAAUGAAUCGAGAUCUGCCCACUACAAUUGGCGGACUCACAAACAUAUUGGAGUUGUCAGUGCCCAAUGCAGGCAUCACUGGCACAAUACCGAAUAGCAUAGGCCGGCUGACCGGGCUAGCUUUAUUGGACCUGUCGGGGAAUCGAAUGAUAGGAUCACUCCCGCCCUCUUUGGAGGAUCUCGUGGAUAUCCGUGUACUGGAUAUUCACGAUCAAGGCCUUGCCAACGGAGGAGGACUUGGUGGGAACCUGCUCCCAUUCGAAAAGCUGUUUUCUCUUACCAAGAUGGAUUUGAGCCAGAACCGUCUCUCUGGGCAGAUACCAGAUUCCUUCCUUUCGGGAAUCUUUGACAAGUCGGCAGCUAUGAGCGUGAAUCUACGUCGCAAUUCGUUAACGGGGAGCAUUCCUGGAUCAUUGUCGUCGUUCGCGGAGCUGAACAUUGACGUGACUGCCAAUUCAAUAUCUCAUCUUCCAGAGAGUCUGUGCUCGCAGCAAUUGUGGAUGGAUGGCAAUGCUGAAUCCUUUGGUUGUGAUGCAAUUCUGUGUCCUCCCGGCACUUACAACUCCAAUGGCAGACAAGUUUCUGCGCUGGACCCAUGCGAGCCCUGUCCAAUUGAUCCAAAGCCAUUCUACGGCUCAAACUCUUGCUUCGAUUUCACCGAAGAGCUGGAUGGUGCCACGACCAUAUGCCCCAGUGGUCUUGCAUGCUACAACCAUGGCAAAUGUGUCGAAGCGGUGUCUGAACCGGGCGUGUAUACGUGCGACUGCAGGGGAUCCAGUGAAUUCGGAAUUCCUUUUGAAGGUCUUGCCUGCGAAUACAAAGCCACUGACCUAUGCCACGACACGAGCGGUUUCUUCUCUACGAAUAUCACCUCCUUUUGUACAAACAAUGGCCUUUGUCGGCAGCGAGUGCCACCCGGAAACGCCCACAAGGGCUGCAUCUGCAAUUCAGAGCUGUGGAAGGGCGACUACUGCGAGCUGAGAAACGCUUUCGUCGCACCUUCGCCCACCCAGAGUCCAAUUGUUUCGGCUCCCAAUUCAACUCAAACUUGUCCCGAUGGAAUCAUUUGCGAGAAUGGAUCGGCCUGUAUGGAGAGCACCUACAACCAAGGGUCGUACGGUUGUGACUGUGAUGCUCCUGGCCCAGAGUACAUUCCAUCGGCUGGAGAUCGAUGUCAAUACGUUGCGACAUCCUUGUGUAGCGUUACCACUCCCUACACAUCGUUCUGUGUCAAUGGUGGGGCUUGUGUUGCGUUGGUUGACGAUGGUGUUGAACAUAUGGAUUGCCUUUGUCCAGGGGGCUUCUCUGGCGGGCACUGUGAAAUCGAAGCACCAUCUAUGCCGGUAAACGAUGCCGUCGCUCCUCCGAGUGAUGAAGGAGGGAUGGAAGGUUGGCAAAUGGCUCUUGUUUUCAUCCUGCCAGCGAUGGCCAUUCUAAUCAUUUUUGUGAUGAUCUUGGCGGCCUAUUCGAGAGUUCGCAAGAAAGAUCUUAAGUCUGUAAACGCAGAUCUCCUGGCAGAGUCGGAAUACAACAAGUACGCCAGCGAAGAUCCAGGGACUCCAGUGGACUCUGGAAAAGAAGACGAAAACACUGAUUUCGAAACGCCGCCGUCGAUUAUCGACCGCGCCCUGGCAUCGAUUCCUGACGAGGAACAAACCGGUUUCUUCAGUCUUCCAGAAACACCCAGGGAGAUUGAAAUCAUGGAAGACGAACCCGCACCAGAUGCAGGCCAGGUUGCCUACACAGAGCACAAUAUUGAGCCAGCAGAAGAGCCAGAAUUCGAUACUCGAGAAAGUGCCAUUGCUGACGGGGCCGAAAAGGUCGAGGAAGAAGAAGAGAUGCCGGAAGUUGAAUCGAGUGUUCUAGACGAGCUCCCCGCGGUAAUAGAGGAGAGUGAAUCACAGGUGCUACAGGAAGACAAGUCUUUUGACGUAUUGGACGACCCAGAGGUCGACUACGCUGCAACAAUACCGGUAAGCUUCGGGCAAGUAUCGGAACACCGGGUUGAGUCUGCAAGGGAACCGGAACCGGAGAAAGCGAUUGACGACAAAUUCGAAAAUGAAAUUGUAUCGCGGAGCUUGCCAGGAAACGAAAGCUUUGGUGCGAAAUCUGGGGCCUCGGACGAGUGUCAACCGGAUGCAUGGGUGAGCAAACCCAGGGUGGCGUUUGACCUUCCGUCUGAUGACGACUUCAACGACGAGGACGAUGAGUCGAACAAUUUCAUAGGAGACAUCCACGAUCAAGCUGCAAGUGGCGGCGCAACUGGGAAAUCGCUGUUCUCGGGUGUUCAAGGAGAUGAUUCCGUCAGCUUCCUUGACCAGUCCGUUGGCUUGUCGGAAGAUUCCGAGAGAUCUGAACGGUCGUUAGGAACGCCAACAAACCAAGUAGAGGUAUCCGUCGAACCCAGCCUGGCGCAAACCAUGUUCGGCGGGCGAGAGUCGAUGUCAGACAACUCCAGUGGAGACCUUUCGUUGAACUUCUAGCUGACUUGUCUCCGGGAGGCUGUCAAGAUGUUUUCUUCUUGGACGGUUUUCUUGUUGGUGUUUCGUCUCCUUUGUUUCAGUAUAGUGUAAAUAACUUAGCAUGUGAAAGUUCGUGUUUCACGAGCACAAACCUUAUUAGGCUCGAACGCUAUGAGCAGGCCUCAUCCAUGUCGGAGCUCUAGUAGCUAGCAUCCAGAGAUCCCUUCGGAGCUGCUUAUUUGCUGCUUCCCUCAACCUGG